UAUUCAAAUCCAGUCAGUCUUGUUUUCCUUGUCCAUCUAAAAACUAAAUAUCACAGAACAAAGCGAGAUUUUUUAAAUUUAAUAUUUUUGUUGUUUGUGUAUUUUAUCUUUUAGAAACCAUAAGGCGAUAUUAUCAGUGGAAAUGUCUGAUAUCCCUUGCCGGAAUCCCCUCAAAUACUGUCGACUUUGUCUGUCCCAGGAAGAUGACCUUAUUUUGCUGGAAUCGCAUGAAAAAUUGACGCCAAUGAAUAAAUUGUUGCUUCAAAAGUUAUUCCACUACAUGAAAAUAACGUUCCACAACGAACACGACUAUCCAAGCGCUAUUUGCGUAAAUUGUCUGAACCGAUUCAAUAAUUUCCACAAUUACCGUCGCUCGGUGGUUCGGAAUCACAACGCUGUAAAGACAUUUCGUCGUUUGUUUCCCGAUGAAUUUCUCAAUCCGAGUCUGCCAGAGGAGGAGGAACCAACAAUAAUUGAACUGAUCGAUGAUAACGAAAUAGAUAUCAAACAAGAAGUUGAUGACGAGGAUUCACCGAUGACCGUAGACAGAUCCACCGAAGAAACAAUCAAGGAAGUUGAUGUUUAUCACCUGGAUGGCGAGCUAAGGACAGUUGUGGUGAAAGAAGAAAAACUAUUGCCAGAAGAAUCGGAAACGGUUGCACCAACAAAAAAAUCCCAGGCUCAUUUGGAUGGACAGCUUAGGACAAUUAUAAAGGAAGAAAAACUUUCGCCUGUUAAAUUGGAACCAUCCGCAUCAAUCACAAAUAGGAACCAGGCAUCAAAACCGUUACCUACAGUAGCGAAAAAAAAUCCUCAAGUUAUAAACAGCAAGAUAACUAUUCUGAAACGUCCCCAAGGUAAACUUUUGAAUGCAGCCCCUCCUGAAAAGCGGCAAAAUUUGGUCGUUGGAGCUGCCUUUUCUGUUGUAAAAUGUUCCCAUUGCCGAGCUGUUUUUCGAAACCGUGAGAAUUUGAGAAUUCAUGAAAAAAAUGAUCACUGGAGCAUAAUCAAUAAGCCGCUCCCCACUAAACCUGCGGUCACACUUCCUGGCAAAAAAAUUAAACCACUACCGCCGAAUGUAACCUUGUACAAGUGCAAUAACUGCACCAGUAGUUUCAUUCAUCUGGCUAAUUAUGAGCAUCACAUGAAUUGUAAGCCAGAUAUCCCGUCGAAAUUGAAUCAUCAGACAGCAGCGAAGCGCACAGCCCCGGCUCCGGUCGUCGUGAAUGAAGUGGUGAAAGCCGCCAUUGCCAAGAUUGGUGGGCAGGUGCAAAUUAAGUCGACGAACGGGGUGCAAAUCAAACUGGAAGAAACAGAGGACCAACGGAUUCGGUGUCCCUACUGUCCGCUGACGUACAAAACCAAGUACUUCCUAAAGAAGCACAUGCUGGAUGUACACAAGAUCGAUGAUUAUGAGGACGUAUUUUUUUGCCACGUGUGCAAGCUGAACUAUUCGUGCGAUGAAGACCUGCAGCUGCACAAUCGAGCCAUUCAUCGGUUCCAGUGCAAGCAAUGUUUGGAGGACUUUAGGACAUGCUUGCAUGCGCAGACACCCAACGAGAAUGGUAUCAAUAAAGGUAUGUAGGAUUAGAGUGGAAAAUGUGUGUGUCGAUCUCUUGACGAAAUUGUAGAGAAAGCCUUGUUAAGGUUGUGAUACUUUUUAGAUGAUUAUUUAAGUAUGUCUUCGUAUCAGAAUAAUUUUCAAUAUACAAAGUUUUAA